AUGGAGCGGGAGUGUCGACACGCGUUUUUCAACGGGUUGAAGGAGGCGACGUACGCCACGCGGGCGAGCGCGGCGAGGGCGAUGACGAUGUCGAGCGAGGACGCGGAUGCGAUGUGGGACGCGGUGGUGCGCGGGGACGCAGACACGCUGCGCAGGGCGGAGAAAGUAGGGGACGCGGUGCGAGAGGGGAGGAAGCGAGCGGUGGUGCCCGUGCGAGUGUACGAGACGCGAGGCGACGAUUUCGCGAACGCGACGUUCGCGAGCGCGCCGGCGAGCGUUGAGCGGCGAGGGACGACGGUGGGGGACGCGUUGCGCGCAUUCGGUGUGGACGUAGACGCCGUUGAAAUCGUGCUCGCGCAAGGCGUCGAGGUUGGGUUAGAUUUUGAUUUAGAGCAAACGUACGAGGCGCUGCGGCAUGCGGACGCGUUUCUGUACCUCGUGGCGCACGUCGCCUCCACUUUGUAA